AUGACCUCUCAGCGGAGCUUGACAAGGCCAAGGCUGAAGCUAAGAAGAGGAUGGUUUGAUGUUAAAGUUUCUACCGCUGAGACAAAGCUAGCUGAGGACAAGACAAAUUGCAGAGCUUUUGACAAAUGUAGGGAGCAGGGAGGCCCAAAUCCGUCAGGAAAAGUUACAAAUGAACAUGGUAAAGCCAUGAUUGAUGAGGAAGAUGAUGAGGCCAAAAGCAAGCUCAAGGCUUCACGAGAAGAGCCUCCUCCCCUUUAUUAUUCCCAUAAGCUUCCCUCCCCUACACUUCAGGAGAACAUUUGGGGACCCAUUAUGACUACUGAUCUUCGAAUCGAGGAGGUGGUAGAGUAUGAUGAUCUAUUUAGUGAAUAUGAUGGAGGUGAAAAUCUGGAAGAGGCUAGCCAGAGAGGUGGUAAUCGAGAGGGUGAUGGACAAGACAGUGGGCCGCUUCAAUUUUUAAUGGUACCUCUUUGUUUACCUUUUAUUGACUUGAUUGGGAAGCUGAAUGUCCUCUCAACGGAGCUUGACAAGGCCAAGGCUGAAGACGAGAAGAGGAUGGUUGAUGUGAUGCUUAGAGUUUAUACCACCAAGACAAAGCUAGCUGAGGCCAUAAUUGAUGAGGAAGAUGAUAGGGCCAAAAGCAAGCCUGAGGGAGAUGCAUGCCAUAAGGAUGUGGUAGAGGAUGACAAUCUGUUUAGCGAAUAUAAUGGUUAUGAUAGUUUUGAUCAAGGAGGUGCAUGCCUUGAAGAGGCUGGCAAGGUAGGUGGUAGUCGAGAGGGUGAUGGACAAGACGGUGGUGGCCAAAAUGAGUAA